CACUUUUCUUAAAUAUUUUGACCUCAGGAACACGAAUCCGUUGACUAAAUUGAGCUACGAAUCUUUCGCAUCGAGAUAUCCUUGAUUUUCCUAUAAGUUCGCUUGUUUAAAUUGUUAAAAUAAUUACUGAUUGUCGGCACAGAAAUAAUAUCCUGCUGGUUUCGGCUUCGAAGAACAAACCGUUUUUCUUUUGACGUCAAGGAUCAACUUUCAAGUGUUUGGUCCGCGAUCAGAUUGCGAAUGAUAUUUUUUCUCUCAUCUAACUUCGAGGUUCUCCUCUGAAACAUCAUCCAAUCCACGAUGGAGCAACUCCAGGUCGAUUUCCUGAUACGGGGGCAAAGAAAUCCAGGGAAAAUAGCUAUAAUAAAGUUCGGACAAUUACACAAUCGUUCGAAUUCCAUAGCCUAUUUUAGCCGCGCCACGGGCACGGAGGCAAUUCACGCCUGGGUGACUCAUAUCCGGUUUUCACUUCCGCAUCCCAUGCGGAACGGUCCCGAUCUCAUAUUUAUGUGUACAUGCAUACUCGUAUGUUGAUUAAUAUGUACACCGAUCGUCAUGACCCCGUACACAUACGUAUGUGACGUCAAUAAACGAUCGUUGCAUCAACAAAAUCCUGACUCGAAAAAAUUCAAAUAUGGUACAAUCAAAUCGAUGGGUGAGGGUCGUUUCGAUUUUUGGAUGAAGGAAACUCUGUCGGUUGCGUACGUCAUAGAAAUGAGUAUAAUCCACGAUAACCCCGCAGUUAUCAUUAUCAACAAAUUUUUAUUGCCCGUCAAUCCUCGCCCGCUUCUCCUUCCCAUUUUUAUUUCUCUCUCUUUCCCUCCGAUAUCCCUACUCUGUAACCCACCUGUUUGCCGGCCAUGUCGACUAUCGUCCAAUCCACCGCAUGCCACGAGUGUCUGCGGCAGUCGCGGUUGGCCGUGUAGUAGUAGUUUUUGUAUGGGUGAUUUUCUGUGUAAUAUUAUCAGUUAAUGGAUGGUGAUUACGUAUUUUAUUCAACGAGAGAGUGAAUAUUAGUGGAGAAAUAUCUGUAUUAUAAAUCUAGAAUAUUUCAAUAAACUCUGUUAUUAGGAAAUAAUAAAAUGCAUCAUCAGGAUAAUGCUUCGCCGUACAAUCCGACGACCGAACCAAUCACCUAUACAGGCGGUGGUGGUGUAGCCUACACUCCGGCACAACCUGUUACCAUACAACCAGGUACCUCCGUCCACGUGUUUUCUGCCGGUGCAAGCGUUGGCCCCGACCCUUGCAAUAUAACUUGUCAAUUAUGCGGAGAAACCGGAAUCACAAGAACCGAUAAGGGAGCGAGUACGAGGACUCACCUGUUCGCUCUAGUUUUAUGCCUCGUGGGGUGCUGGCCUUGCGCGCCUUGCGUAUAUUGCGUGGAUUCUCUUCUGGCUACGAAACACUAUUGUGGAAAAUGCAACGCUUUCGUCGGAGUCUACAACUCGAAGUUAUUCUAGUCCUGGAGCGAUUGAGAAAUAGAGAAAAGAAAACCGUGUAUAGAAACCUGUAUCAGAAGUAAUGAAAGAUAAUGCAGUUGAUUUGCUUUUUUUUCGCUGGUUUUUCACAUCAUUCAUUGGAGCAAUAUCCAGAGAUCACCUAUUAUUGAUGACACAUGAUUGAAGAUGAUUUCUUGCCUCCUAUCGAAUUAAUCACUCAAUUAUACAUGCGAGUCACUUUCAAUCGACUUUGACAUUUCAAUGUUCAACAGUUACCUGUCCAGGUAAAGAUACUAUUGUUCAAUAUGACUAUGCUAUUACGACGUUUAUUUAUUAAAAUAAUAAAUUUCAAUCGUUGGAAAAA